AUGCUCGACUCAAUUGUCCAAAUAGAAACACAACCUCUGUACAACGGGAGUGAGGAGGCGGACAGUGUCAGAAUACUUCACCGCGUAUUUUGGAGUUUCAAUUCAUGCAUUAGGGCGUUCAGGCAUUGCAAGCUUUUAGUUCAAGUUGAUGGCACACACCUUUACGGAAAAUACAAAGGUACACUUCUAGUCGCUGUUGCACAAGAUGGGAACCAGAACAUUGUGCCUAUCGCCUUUGCCUUGGUGGAAGGUGAGACAGCUGAUGCGUGGCACUUCUUCCUCAGGAAUCUGCGAACGUAUGUUGUUAGAAAAGACGGUGUGGGUAUGAUCUCAGACCGGCAUGAGUCAAUACGGGCAGCAGUUAAUCGUUCCGGUGGUGACUGGCAACCUCCAAGAGCAUGGUGGAUGUUUUGUAUAAGACACAUCGGCAGUAACUUCUUAAGGGCAUUCAAAGUCCCUCACUUGCAGAAGCUUGUUGUCAAUAUAGGGUAUUCAAGAACGGUGGAGGAGUACAAUAUCAACUAUAAGAGGUUGGAAGAGCGAGGCGAGGCAUAUGCCAGGUGGUGCGAUGCCAUCGGACUCAGACAUUGGGUAUUGGCAUUCGACGAGGGACAUCGAUGGGGGCAUAUGACAACGAACCUUGUGGAGUGCAUUAACUCAGUGUUGAAGGGUGCCCGUAAUCUACCUGUGUUGGCGCUGGUCCGAGCAACAUAUUAUAGGUUAAAUGAACUCUUUACGCGGAAGAGUGCGGAGUCUCACGAACGCAAGCGUGUUGGAUUUACGUACUCCGCAUUUGCGCAACAGCGGAUAGAAGCAAGUAUGCAACAGGCUGGGAACAUAGUUGUGCACCGCUUUGAUAGAAGAAAUGAGGUGUUUGAGGUGCGCGAAAUGACUACUGGAAAGGUGUUAGUUGUUGAUCUAGCGCGACGGACGUGUGACUGUGGGCACUUUCAGGUUGAACGAAUACCAUGUCGCCAUGUUAUUGCUUGCUGUGCUAACCAGCGUCUUGAUUGGCAGUUGUAUGUGCAUGAUGUGUACAAGAUGACGGAAGUUCGUAAGGUUUAUAGGUUUGAUACGGCCGCCACUCAAACUGCCACAGUAUUAUUGGCAUAUUAG